AUGUUCGUGAGCUUCACUAAGGCUUACGUCUACUCAUCUGAGGCCAAUAAGUGGAGCCGGACAGCCUCUAUUGAGCUACCUUGGUAUGUUGAGCAACGUUGCAAUUCCAGUGCCCUUGUCGAGAAUGCACUCUACUUCCUACAGCACAACAAUGGAAUCCUAGAGUACGAUUUGGCCAAGAAUGAGCUGUCAGUCAUAAGGCUACCCCCGAUAUGCAUCGUGUCUACCAGUAUUGUGCUCAUGUCAGUGGAGGAUGAUGGGUUGGGAUUUGCCAUGAUGUAUGACGAUUUCUCUCUCUGCAUAUGGUUGAGGGAGUCUGCUCCGACUCCGAGUGGUGGAUGGACAUGCGGAGGCAGCAUAAAGUUGUUGACCUCAAGGGUCUUCUCCCUGCUUCUGACCUCUCAUGCUCACCUUACAUCGUUGCUGCUGUGGAUGCUGUCCGUGUUUUUGUCCGUGUUCUUGGCUAUUGAUCUCAAGCCUUGGCGGACUAGAAAUGCAUCUGAUGCUGAUGCCCACACUGUAAAUAUUAUUCCCUACAUGAGUUUCUGCACUCCAGUAUUUAGGGCAGCCUCCAUCGAUGACGGGCCAAACACGGUUGCUUCUAAUAAUGCAUGA